AUGAACUAUAUGGAGUCUUCUGAUGAAUAUAUAGAGCUUAAUAAUGCCAUUCACACAACUAUGAGCAGAAUUAGCGAAAUAGAUAAAAUUACUUCUGAAUUAGCUCUUGAGAAAUUGAAUCUCUAAAAGAAGUUAGAAUAACUAAAAUUAUAAAUUUAGAACAUUCCUUAUCACACAUAUUAAAAUGGAAGAACCUUUUAUGAUGAGUAUGAAAAUAACUAGCUCGGUUUUAUGAAUAAUGGAAUAGACAAUUACAGUGAUUUUCCUUCUAUGGCUUGUUAAUUUCCUUACUAUAAUAGAGCUUAAAAUCUAAUUUAAAAUAACGGAAAUGCUAAUUCAUACUACACUCAUGAUCAAGCUAUGAUAAAUGACCAUGUUGAUGACUAUUUUGAUACAGAUUUUAAUCAAAAAAUGUACUAUUAAUAACAAAAAUAAGUUUCUAAUGAGAAGUUCUCGUCUUUCAAUAACUUGAAUUAGGAUAAUCAUAUCAUAGAAAAUAAUCUUCAGCUUAGCAAAGAAGAUUUAACUAAACCAUUUAUUAAUAAUGAAAAUUUAAAGUUGGACCAUGAGUUGUUGUUGCCCCUAAAUAAUAACAGUUAAAUGUUAAAUACAAAUUCUAAAGAUUCAUCGAAUAACAUUAUUUAAAAUGAUAACAUUCCAAUAUCAAUUUAUUAGAAUAAUAGUUAAAUUGCUUCUAAAAUAUAAGAAGAGACACUCGAAAAUUAAGAGCAAAAGAGUGUCCAAAAUAAUAGUGUCAUAUAAUCGAAAUAUAGCAACUUCCUCUAAUAAGUGAUUAACCCACAAAGCAAAUAACCAUCAAUAGAAUCAAUAGAGCAAUAGAUUAAUAAAGAUUAACAUGAAAAAUAGUUAAGCCCUUCAUACAGCAGACAAUUUAAAAAGAAUAACAAAUAAGGUGACUUAAUCCUUUAAACCCCUCAGCAAAACGUAGAUGAUAUGUUGGAUUAUGAGAAAUAGGAAAUGACAAAAUAAAAAGGUGUGUCUGGUUUUAAUAAAAUAAAAAAAGAAAAAAAUAAACACUAUAAAAAGAAUAGUGCAAGCGAAACAAUAAAAUUAUGUAAAUAUAAUCAUGAAUAGAAUAAGAAGAAGAAUACAAAAUGUUUUACUAAAGAGUAAUCUUAUUCUAAUUAAGAUUGUUUAAGUUAGUUUGAAAAUAGUUUUCUACAAAAUAUUUAAAACCUAAAUCACGACGAGUUAAUUUCUAAUAACAGAAAUAAUUAAACCCAAAUCACUUAAAAAAAUAAUGUUCAUAUUGACUAAGCAGAUAACGAAAACUCACAACCACUUAACAAACUAAAAGAAGAAAACAUUGAAAAAUAAAAGUUAUUGUAUCUCUCAUAGAAAAAAUAAUUUUUAGAAACAUUACCAGAAGAUUCUUUAAGAUUUUAAUACAGCAAAUAGCUUCAAUAUCUUUAAGAUAUUAAUUUAGGAAAAAGUACAUCUGAUGAAAACAUUGAAAUGAUUAACAAUGAAGAGCAAUCUUUCGAUAAAUCUGCAAAAAAAAGUUAAAAAAGUAAAUCUGAUUUAAAAUAAAAUAACUCCUAAAAAUAAGUAAUGCUAGAAAUAGCUGACAAUGUUAUGAAUGAGCAAAUAUACACAAAUGAGGAUAUUUAGAGAAUGUAUUAACAUUUUUUGAUUACUUUUAAUAACAAUAAAGUUAAAUAUACUAAAAGAGGCAAAGGUUAUUACAGAUAUCCAAGCACUUUAAAAAUGAAGGUUGUUGAAUUCUCAAAACACAUCAAACUAAUUUAGAUUUAAAAAGACACUUAAAUCAGCUAAGAAACUAUAAGAAAGUGGUAAAAAAGAUAUACGGAAAUACCUGACUAAAUGGUUGAGUAUGAUUUCAUCGAGUGA